AGAACGAAAGCCUGUGUCAGCCGGCCCGAGUUUACUCUGAAGACGCUGCCACAAAAAGAAAUAAAAAAAGGAGUAACCUUUUCGCAUUCCUUCGGACCGAUCCACUCCACUCGGAAAAGGCAAGGGCAGGGAAGGGAAUCCGAUCAUCAGCCGUCCAUCCGUCCGUCCAUCCGUCCGUUGUCCUGAGUACCGGCGGCGAGAUCGCCGAAGAAGAUGCGAGGGAGGAGAUGUGGAAGGCGGUCAAGGACAGGGAAGCGGGCUUCCUUCUCCCCUCUUCAUUCGCCACCCGUAUCCGUUCCCAUCGCGUCGCUUCGCUCGAUCUCUCCAACCACAAAGAGAUCGUCAGUCCCCACAACGGCGCCAUCAAUUCUCUCCAGGUUGAUUUGACAGAGGCACGAUAUCUGCUAUCUGGAUCAUCGGAUGGAUCAGCUGCUGUCUAUGAUAUCCAACAUGCUACUGAUUAUGAGAGAGGCUUGAUUGCGAAGCACAAGAGUCUUUUUGUUGUUGACAAGCAACACAACCAUGGGCAUAGAUAUGCCAUAUCUACCGCUAUAUGGUAUCCAGUGGACACAGGGCUGUUUAUCACAGGUUCCUUUGAUCAUUAUAUUAAAGUCUGGGAUACAAAUACAACUCAGGUUGUCAUGGAUUUCAAAAUGCCUGGAAAGGUUUACCGCACAGCAAUGUCAUCAAUAGCGACGACACAUAUGCUUAUUGCUGCUGGUAGCACAGAUGUACAAGUUCGUUUGUGUGAUAUUGCUUCUGGAGCAUUCACUCAUACAUUAUCUGGUCAUCGUGAUGGAGUUAUGUCUCUGGAAUGGUCUACCUCUAGUGAGUGGAUUUUGGUGACUGGGGGGUGCGAUGGUGCAAUACGUUUCUGGGAUAUCAGACGUGCCGGAUGUUUCCGUGUUUUAGAUCAAUCACGAUCUCAACUUGGGAGGCGACCUCCUCUAGCUGAAAGCACAUCAAAGAAGGACACCACUAUCAUAGGACUUCUUUGCACUACCUCAUGUGAGGGUUCAGUAACAGGACAAUCUUCUUCAGUGAAGAGCAUGGUUUCUCAGAGAAGGAUACCUCUUGGUAAUGAAAUGAAGCAAUUACGAGCCCAUCGUAAAAGUCAAAAUCUAACAAGAGGGCCUGUGGUGCAGAGACUGCAUCCUGGUUUAUCAUCGAGUCAUAAUCGUGCAACUGCUCAUUAUGGUGCUGUCACUGGACUAAGAGCAACUGGAGAUGGCAUGUAUCUUCUAAGCUCAGGCUCCGAUUCACGAUUAAGAUUGUGGGAUGUCGAUUCUGGUUGCAACACCUUGGUCAACUUUGAAGCUAUGCGCCUCCAGCCUACUAAAGCACUACAGCUUGCUGUCACUCAGGAUUCAUCUCUUGUGUUUGUUCCAUGCCUGGCAACUGUCAAGGCAUAUGAUGUGCGGUCUGGUAUGACGUUUAGGACUUUCCGUGGCCACUAUGAAUUAGUGAACUGCUGCUGUUUGAGUUCGCAGGAUCAGGAGUUGUAUACCGGGAGCAACGAUAGACAAAUUCUUGUGUGGUCUCCAGCCAGUCCCGUUAUUGCUGAAGUGGAAGAAGAUGGCAAGGGUGGGUGGGAUUCCGUCGCUGAUCAGGAUAACUGGAGUGACUGAAGAAAAGUCUCAUUAGUGUACCAAAAUCAAGGGAAGCUUACAUUUCCAUGUCAAGCUUCCUAUCUGCUUUUGAUAUCCUGUUAUGUGUUAGUUUGCAUGUAUGCUGGUUAAUACAUCCUGAACUCGAGAUGGAAUCAGUGGUUUCCAUGCAAAAAUUUGUACUUCUCAAAAAUUUAUCCUUGUUUUAUGUGUUGUAAAAUUAGACUGACAUGUAAAUUGUACAAAUUAUUGGCAAUUUUGGCCAUUUUAUCCUUCA